UGGAUGAGACAGACUUUGCAGCCGUCACAUUAAUAGGGACAUAAUUACUUCCACGUAAUGUUAGGGAUCAUGUUUGAUCACAUAAUCACACAGCCUGGAUGUUUUGUGUAACGAACACAAUAUAUGUCUGUAAAAGGAAAUAUUUAUGGUUUGGGAAGGGUUUACGGGAAUAGCUAGCUAGCCACCUUGCUGGCUACUUUGGAUGACAUUUGGCAAGGAUGCUACUACGGUGGAUACGGCAACAGCUGGGCUUUGACCCUCCCCAUCAAAGUGAUACCAGAACGGUUUACAUUGCAAACCGCUUCCCUCAACAUGGCCAUUAUGUCCCUCAGCGGUUUGCAGACAACAGAAUCAUAUCAUCCAAGUACACCGUUUGGAAUUUUGUUCCCAAGAAUCUGUUUGAACAGUUCAGAAGAAUAGCCAAUUUUUAUUUUCUCAUCAUAUUCCUGGUCCAGCUAAUGAUAGAUACCCCCACUUCCCCUGUCACCAGCGGACUUCCUCUGUUCUUUGUCAUCACAGUAACUGCCAUCAAACAGGGCUAUGAGGACUGGCUGAGGCACAAGGCGGACAACGAGGUGAACGGGGCGCCUGUGUUUGUGGUUCGUAGUGGCAGCCUUGUGCAGACUCGCUCAAAGAACAUACGAGUGGGGGAUAUAGUCCGGGUGGCCAAAGAUGAGACAUUCCCAGUUGACUUGGUCCUCUUAUCAUCGGACCGAGCCGAGGGGACGUGUCACAUCACCACAACCAGCCUGGACGGAGAGACUAAUCUGAAGACUCAUUACUCUGUGCCAGAGACAUUGGUGUCUCAGUCGGUGUCCAGGCUAGAGGCCCUACAUGCUGUGGUGGAGUGUCAGCAGCCAGAUGCAGAUCUUUAUAGGUUUGUUGGGCGAAUAACAGUAACCCAACAAGAAGAAGAGAUUGUAAGACCCCUUGGACCUGAAAACUUGCUGCUUCGAGGAGCAAGAUUGAAAAAUACCAAAGAAAUUUUUGGUGUAGCAGUUUACACUGGGAUGGAGUCCAAGAUGGCCCUGAACUACAAGUGCAAAUCCCAGAAGCGCUCUGCAGUGGAGAAGUCCAUGAACACCUUUCUGCUCAUCUACCUGGGCAUCCUGCUGUUUGAGGCCAUCCUCAGCACCAUCCUGAAGUACGCCUGGCAGGCUGAGAAGAAGUGGGACGAGCCCUUCUACAACCAGAAGACAGAGCAGGAGAGGAACAGCAGCCAGAUCCUGAAGUUCAUCUCUGAUUUCCUGGCGUUUCUGGUCCUGUACAACUUUAUCAUCCCCAUCUCACUCUACGUCACUGUGGAGAUGCAGAAAUUCCUGGGCUCGUUUUUCAUUGGCUGGGACUUGGACCUCUAUCAUGAGGAGAGCGACCAGAUGGCUCAGGUCAACACGUCUGACCUCAACGAGGAGCUGGGACAGGUGGAAUACGUGUUUACGGAUAAAACCGGCACCCUGACGGAGAAUGAGAUGCUGUUCCGUGAAUGUUCAAUCAAUGGUAUCAAAUACCAGGAAAUCAAUGGAAAGCUUAUACACGAGGGGAUGACGGAUGACUCGCCUGACGGAUCUGUGCCUCCUCUAAGUCGGGAGGAGUUGCUGUUCCUGAAGGCAGUAUCGCUGUGCCACACAGUGCAGAUCAGCUACGAGCAGCCAGGCGACGGCCCGGGGAACCCCUUCCCCCACGCUAAUGGCUUCUCCUCCCAGAUGGAGUACUAUGCCUCCUCGCCAGAUGAGAAAGCACUGGUGGAAGCCACUAAAAGGAUGGGGGUAACCUUUAUUGGUAGCCAUGGAGAAGUUAUGGAAAUAAAAACAUUUGGAAAGUCAGAAAAGUAUAAACUACUCCAUGUACUAGAGUUUGAUGCAACCCGAAGGAGAAUGAGUGUCAUAUUACAGACACCCUCAGGGGGGAAAGUACUAUUUACAAAGGGAGCUGAGUCCGCCGUUCUUCCAUUUACUAAAAGUGGAGAAAUUGACAAAACAAGAGUACAUGUAGAUGAAUUUGCCUUGAAGGGCUUGCGGACGUUGGUGGUGGCCUGCAGACACUUCAAUGUGGAGGAGUAUGAGGUGGUGGACCGGCGGCUUCACGAGGCCCGCGCGGCCCUGCAGCAGAGAGAGGAGAGGCUUGCCGAGGUCUUCAGCUUCAUAGAAAAGGACCUGGAGCUGUUGGGAGCGACCGGGGUGGAAGACAAGCUGCAGGAGAAGGUCCAGGAGACCAUCGAGUCGCUUCGUCUGGCUGGGAUCAAAGUGUGGGUGCUGACCGGGGACAAACACGAGACGGCGGUCAGUGUCAGCCUGUCCUGCGGCCACUUUCACCGCACCAUGAACAUCCUGGAGCUGGUGCAGCAGAAGUCUGACAACGAGUGUGCCGAGCAGCUCAGACAACUGGCCAGGAGGAUCAGAGAGGACCAUGUGAUCCAGCAUGGCCUGGUGGUGGACGGGGCCAGCCUGUCUCUUGCACUGCGGGGGCACGAGAAGCUCUUCAUGGAGGUGUGCAAGAACUGCUCUGCCGUGCUGUGCUGCCGCAUGGCACCCCUGCAGAAGGCCAAGGUGGUGAGAUUGCUGAAAACGUCUCCAGAGAAACCCAUCACUUUAGCCAUUGGGGAUGGAGCCAAUGAUGUCAGCAUGAUUCAAGAGGCCCAUGUUGGCAUAGGUAUCAUGGGCAAGGAGGGAAGACAAGCAGUACGAAACAGUGACUAUGCAAUAGCAAGGUUUAGAUUCCUUUCCAAGUUACUGCUCGUCCAUGGCCACUUCUACUACAUUAGAGUUGCAACCCUUGUACAGUACUUUUUCUACAAGAAUGUGUGCUUUAUUACGCCCCAGUUUUUAUACCAGUUCUUCUGUCUGUUUUCACAACAAACUCUGUAUGACAGUGUUUACCUGACACUCUACAACAUCUGUUUCACCUCCCUGCCCAUACUGGUGUACAGCCUGUUUGAGCAACAGGUCCAUCCACACAUGCUGCAGAGUAAGCCAGUGCUCUACAGAGACAUCAGCAAGAACUCCCUCCUCUCCUUCAAGACCUUUUUGUACUGGACACUGCUGGGCUUCUGCCACGCCUUUGUCUUCUUCUUUGGUUCCUACAUCCUGAUGGGGGAGGACACGUCUCUCAUGGGGAAUGGACAGAUGUUUGGAAACUGGACCUUUGGCACUUUGGUAUUCACAGUAAUGGUUAUCACUGUUACAUUGAAGCUGGCCUUGGAGACCCACUUCUGGACGUGGAUGAAUCACUUUGUUACCUGGGGCUCCAUCGCUUUCUACUUCAUCUUCUCCCUGUUUUAUGGGGGAAUCAUCUGGCCUUUCCUCCACACCCAGGACAUGUACUUUGUCUUUGUCCAGCUGCUCUCCAGCAGCUCUGCCUGGUUCGCCAUCAUCAUCAUCCUCAUCGCCUGCCUUUUCCCCGACAUCAUCAAGAAGGUGAUCUAUAGGCACCUCCAGCCAACCAGCACCCAGAAGUCUCAGUUUAUUGAGACUAACUACCAGGGCAUCGGCUGCGUGGACUCCAUGUGUUGCUACUCAGAGGGGGAGAACGGGUGCGCUCGGCUGGGCCGGAUGGUGGCGCAAGUGAUGGGCCGCUGCGACCCUGCCUACGCCAACAGGUGUGACCCCACCCUCUGUAGCCUCUGUUGCUGCAGGCGCAUCUCCUACAAGCUGGAGCAGGAUGAGCCCACUGCUCCCCAGGAGUAGUGAAGGCCUAGCCUAGUAGAGAGAGAGGUAGACUAGACUACGGUCUUAAUGGUAGGACAGAGAAAGGUUUGUAGGGAGGGAGACUAGUAUCUGGAUCCUGGAUCUUAAAUGUUCUUUAAUAGAGACAUAUUUAUCUCGUAUGCUAUGAUCGACUUCAUGGAGUCCUUCUAGUCUAUUUGUCUUCUAUAUUCAGUGGGACAACAUGUUCACCAAUGUAGCCAUGUGUCUAUGUAAUCUCUCCUUCCAAGUGUGUACUCGUAUGCAAGUCUUCUUUCAGUCGGGGGCUUUCUGUCACCUGCCUGAAGUUUUGUGCUUUUAACUUUUCCAAAGCCUGCCGAGUCCGUGUGUUUUUCCUUCACAGUGUAGGCAAAGCCCAGGUUGAGUCUAAGUCUCUAUUGAUCUAUUGUUAAAGAUUGUUAAAGAUGUAGCAUUCUCGUUCUGCUUUUUACUUGUACAGUCGUGGCCAAAAGUUGAGAAUGACACGUUAAUUUCCAGAAAGUUUGCUGCUUCAGUGUCUUUAGUUAUUUUUGUCAGAUGUUACUAUGGAAUACUGAAGUAUAAUUACAAGCAUUUCAUAAGUGUCAAAGGCUUUUAUUGACAAUUACAUGAAGUUGAUGCAGAGUCAAUAUUUGCAGUGUUGACCCUUCUUUUUCAAGACCUCUGCAAUCCGCCCUGGCAUGCUGUCAAUUAACUUCUGGGCCACAUGUUGACUGAUGGCAGCCCAUUCUUGCAUAAUCAAUGCUUGGAGUUUGUCAGAAUUUGUGGGUUUUUGUUUGUCCACCUGCCUUUUGAGGAUUAACCACAAGUUCUCAAUGGGAUUAAGGUCUGGGGAGUUUCCUGGCCAUGGACACAAAAUAUUGAUGUUUUGUUCCCCGAGCCACUUAGUUAUCACUUUUGCUUUAUGGCAAGGUGCUCCAUCAUGCUGGAUGAGGCAUUGUUCGUCAAACUAUUCCUGGAUGUUUGGGAGAAGUUGCUCUCAGCGGAGGUGUUGGUACCAUUCUUUAUUCAUGGCUGUGUUCUCAGGCAAAAUUGUGAGUGAGCCCACUCCCUUGGCUGAGAAGAGAGAUUUUUUUUUUCCAGAUGCCCCAAACAAUCGGAAAGGGGAUUCAUCAGAGAAAAUGACUUUACCCCAGUCCUCAGCAGUCCAAUCCCUGUACCUUUUGCAGAAUAUCAGUCUGUCCCUGGUGUUUUUCCUGGAGAGAAGUAGCUUCUUUGCUGCCCUUCUUGACAUAAUGCACAUCCAACCUGGAAGCAAGCCGCACCAAUGUGUUUCCGUACACCUGGCGACCUGGUCAGCGUGCACCGGCCCGCCACAGGAGUCGCUAGUGCGCGAUGAGACCAGGAUAUCCCUGCCGGCCUAACCCGGACGACCCUGGGACAAUUGUGCGUUGCCCCAUGGGCCUCCCGGUCGCUCACACCUGUGUUAACGAGAGAAUCACUGACAUGAUGUCAGCUGGUCCUUUUGUGGUAGGGCUGAAAUGCAGUGGAAAUAUUUUUGGGGAUUCAGUUAAUUUGCAUGGCAACGAGGGACUUUGCAAUUCAUCUGAUCCCUAUUUAUAACAUGCUGGAGUAUUUGCAAAUUGCCAUCAUACAAACUGAGGCAGUAGACUUUGUGAAAAUUAAUAUUUGUGUCAUUCUCAAAACUUUUGUCCACGACUGUACUCUUGGUCUCUGACUUGCCAAAGUUUGUUAUACUGUAUCUAUGGACAAUGACAGCAUGAUGCCAGUGUAAUGCUUUCUCAGCCCCUUCCUUGUCUGCCCAAAUAUCUACUUCACACCCUCACUCUCUCAACACUGAGGUGAGAUAAGCACUCAGAAAGAAAAUAGUCAAAGUUAGCCUGAGACUUGUUCCCGGCCUUAAUGCUAGGAUACUGCCAGUGCACAGGGGGAGAGACCCCACCAUCGGCCACACUCGCUGACUGGCAGCAUGGCAGUAUAUCAGCCCUACUUUACCGUACCCUGUACUGUUACUGAAUGAUGCUUGUGUUUUGACAUACUGCAGUGUUUGGUGUCGGUGUGCCUCAGCUGAAACACGGGGACCACACUCCCUGACAGAGAUGUACUGGAAAACCGUAGUCUCAAAAUGAGAAUAGGAGUCUUUUUGCUAUUUAUUUGAUAAAGUGAAGUAUUUGAAGCCUUAGGUGCUUUUGAGAAGAGAACUGUCUUGUUGCAUGGGGCUGCCUUUUGGUAUUGUGUAUGCUGAAUAACCAGACAUUGUGUUCACGUGUGUCCUGAUCUUUUCUAUAACGUUACUCCUGCUUUGCUGCACUUUGUCUGAACCCCUCUCGUUGUUGCCGCUCUGUCUAAAAUCUAGAUAAUAUUCAAUUUCCCCCAUCUACGUUAUUCAUAUGCAGCUGUUAUAUCACCUUGACGUCACUAUUCAAUCUAAUAUUCUGCUGCUUGCCUGGUUUUCUGUUCUGAUAGAUCGCCAUAGACAACUGACUAAUAGCUUGAUAUCAAGUGGGAGUACCACAAGACUAGACAAUUUAACACCAACAUACACAUUUAUCAAGAAAUACCUAUUUUGAAGUCAUACAGCACCAUGUGCAUACAAGAUCUUAAAACGGUUGUCUUUGUCUUAUAAUCCAUAUAGCACGUAUAGGGUAUUGAUACUUGUGAUUCAAAGAUGAUAAAAUGGGUAUAGUGAUGAACAAGAUGAUUUAUAUUAUAUUCUACAGGAGUCUGAAUAUGGUUGAGAUGUGGCAAGUCCCUACUAUGCCCCCUGGUGGCAAUGUUAGCCUGUAUAAUCUGAAAUCGGGAGGGGCCUUUUGCCUUUCCUGAAGAAGAGUUGAGAGCCCUCUUUUCAAGGGCUCUUUGAUACUAGAUAUGUAUUUUACUAUAAAUAUGCACAUAUUUAAGAUGUCUUUGAUAUAUUGAUUAAUGAUAUUUUCCUAUUAGCAGUAAGUAGUGUAAAUUGUUCACAUAUAUAAUUGUAUAGCCAAGGCCUGAGCUUCAUAUCAUUCAAAGAAAGUAUUUAGUAUACCUGGUUAUGCAUAUAGUGACUGAGAGAAGGAAGUUGACUGUUUGUCAUCCUGUACUAACCCUCACUGUACUCACCCUAUUCUCUCUCCUCCUUUUGAGUUUAACUCCGUUUGCUUGUGCUGCUACCCCUGUAGGUUGAAGUGUAGGGCAGGAAAUGAGUCUGGUGACAGGGCAGGAAGCCAGUAGAAGAUGAGCAGAAUGACAGGGUUUCAGUUCCAAGGCAGGGCCUCCUCAUAUCAAUACAGAUAAUGUCUUCAACUACUCCUGUACCAUCACCCUACUGUACCAUGCCAUGGCAAGAUGGAUGUCACAUCCAACAGUAAAUAAAAGGGUAUUUUAGGCAGGUUCGAGAUGGAUUGAAGCACUCGAGGCAGGUUUUCAGCUUAGUCGUCCUCCCACACCCCUCACUCCUCUGUCGUUGAUGCUUUUAGAUCAUGGAGCGACUCGGACCCCUUCUAUUCCAACGAUCGGAGCAUCUUGACGCUCGCACCCAUGGAGGCCGCUCAUUGCUAAGGUAGCAGAGAG